GCGAGAAUAUACUGUUUCAAACCUGUUUUGAAGAAAAUUGCCUCGAAGUUUGGUGAACUUUUUAAAGUUUUUUCCAUUUUUUUUCCCAUCACCAUCCAUACAAAUUAAAAGUGAAUAGAUGUGGUUAGUGUUAAAUCAAAUAACUUAUUAAAACUAGGAUUUUUUUCUUUAUUGUGGAAUCCAAAGAUUUGAAAGAAGGAACAAGGGACUGGUAAAGACAGAAAGAAGCCGAUUCUCAAAAAUCCAGUCACCGCAAUAUUCAUUCAUUGCGUGUUUGCGUUUUCAGCCUCUAACCUGUGAACGAACGAAGUCUAUUUUUAGCUGGAUCUGUUUGUUUAUGCAACCUACGUAAUUUAAUACUGUACUUCUUGGGAGAGAAUCCGAGGAGGCAAAAAGACACACGGCGUUCGGCAGUAAACUUAAAUUUAAAAACACCGCGGGAGUCCUCCGUGUUCCGACCGUUUUCUCUUCUUUUCUUCCCUGGCAAAUCGGUAAAUGACGUCAUUCUAUUGAGGGAAAUUGCCAAGGUUUUUAUUUGGCAGUUUGGUUGGCAUAUCUCUGCGGAGACGAACCGGGUGAUCACGUGCAACCUAAAACGCAUGCGUGGAGAAGUGUCCGUCAAAUAAGAAAGAAAAUUGUGAAAAGUCAGCUGUCUGGAGAAAAAAAAGAGGAGCUUAUCUCUAAAAAAAUAAACUUGAUUCAAAAAAUUACAUAAGCACAACAGUAACAGUUUUUAGUGGGAAUUAUCAACGUUUGUUUGUGAAAUUAUUUAUGCCGGUGAGAGUGCUUUAUUAUCGGAUUUGGAUUUGUUAAAAUUUUCAAGGAAAUAUGGUCAUCAAGCCCAUAGUAAAACGAAACGUGAGGAUCCUCUUAGUAGGAGAUCAAGGCGUAGGAAAGACGUCUUUGAUACUGUCUCUGGUUAGCGAAGAAUUUCCCGAAAAUGUUCCAUCAAAAGCUGAAGAAAUUACAAUACCGGCUGAUGUAACACCUGAACAAGUUCCUACAAACAUUGUGGAUUAUUCAAGUUCAGAACAAAGUGAAGCAGAAUUAAAUGAAAGCAUUCGGAGGGCUAGUGUUGUCUGUAUUGUUUACGCGGUGGAUGAUGAUGAAUCCAUUGAAAGAAUAUCUUCCUACUGGAUGCCUCUCAUUAGACAGAAUUAUCCAGAUACACAAUGUCCAGUGGUUCUUGUGGGAAAUAAAAUAGAUGUUGUUGACUAUUCAACUAUUGAUGGCAUUUACGAAGUAAUGGAAGAGUUUUGCGAAAUUGAAACCUGCAUUGAAUGUUCUGCUAAAACAUUAAAAAACAUUUCAGAAAUGUUCUACUAUGCCCAGAAAGCUGUUCUUCACCCUACUUCCCCAAUAUAUUCUGUUGAAAAAGCUGAUCUAACAGAUUCUUGCAAGAGGGCCCUUACAAGAAUUUUCAAAAUAUGCGACAUCGAUUGUGAUGGACUUCUAAACGAUAUUGAACUAAACAACUUCCAGUCUCGAUGUUUCAAUGCACCACUUCAACCCCAAGUGCUUGAUGAUGUAAAGGCUGUACUAAGAAAAAAUUUGGAAGAGGGUGUGAGCCAAAACAGUGUCACGCUAAAAGGGUUUUUAUACUUGCAUAGUUUAUUUGUUCAGCGAGGAAGAAAUGAAACUACAUGGACAGUUUUGAGAAGGUUUGGCUAUAAUGACAACUUGAAUAUGUCUAAGGAUUAUCUAUAUCCCAGCAUCAAAGUACCAUCAGGUUGUACAACAGAACUUUCACACCGAGGCCAUCAGUUCCUGACACAUAUUUUUGAACGAUUCGAUAAAGAUAGAGAUAAAGCACUUUCACCAUCUGAAUUUGAGGAGCUGUUUUCUACUUGUCCAACCCCAGCGUGGCCUCCUGAUGUUGGAGAUAUGGUUGAGACCAAUGAGAAAGGUUGGAUAACAUAUCAAGGAUACAUGUGCGAAUGGGCUCUAAUGACUUUAGUGGAUUUGCCAAGGACGUUUGAAUAUCUGGCUUAUUUGGGAUAUAAUAUUUACGAGAACGAAAGUCAGCUCUCUGCAGUGAUGGUUACAAGGGAGAAAAAGUUGGAUUUAGCCAAAAAACAAUCAAGCCGGAACGUAUACCAGUGUCAUGUUAUUGGACCAUCAUCCUCAGGAAAAUCAACAUUCUGUAGGAGCUUUGUGAAGAAUUAUGAUGAUCCGGCAAGUUUAUUAACAGAAAUCGGCAGCACACCAAAUUGUACAAUCAGCACAGUCCAAGUUUAUGGACAAGAAAAAACCAUGGUAUUAAGAGACAUAAAUGUUAGAAAUGUCUCUGAUCCAUUACUGCCACAUGAAGUCCAAUGCGAUGUAGCUUGUCUCGUCUAUGACAUUAAUAAUCAAAAGAGUUUCGAGUAUAUUGCUCGGAUUUACAUUAAAUAUUUCGCCGACAGUAAAAUUCCUGUACUUAUCGUUGCUUGCAAAGACGAUUUGGAAGAAGUGAGACAAGAAUAUUUAUUACAGCCAGCGACUUUUUGUCAAAAAUACAAAAUUCUUCCACCACAAAGGUUCAGCGUCAAGGGACAAUUUAGGAAGGAUGUUUUUGUAAAACUGGCCACCAUGGCGGCGUUUCCUCGGUUUCAAGCUGCCUGGAUAUUAUUUUAUAAGCGCAGUCCAUUACGGCGCAUGGUUCAUAUGUUGUUGUUGCGUCCACAACCCUCAGAGUGGUUAAACGAAUUUUGCAGGAACUUCCGCGAAUUCGGAGUCAUCUCAAACGACCCAAGUAUAUGGUGGAAAGCUGGUUUGAGCCUGGCAGCAGUGACAGCUCUUGGACUUUUGGUGGCCAAAGUACUGCAUAUUAGCAAUAAAAUCAGAUAAAUGCAUACUUCUUUUAAAGUAGUUUUGCAUAUACAUACUCCAAAUUUUCUUUGAAAUAUAUGGUCUCCAUAUUCAUGGUGCUUGUUUCACUUGUGAUGUUUGUCAGACAAUAGUUAUUUUGUAGUGGUCGAGGCUCUCGAAGCCAUAUAUAAUUUGGAGGGAUUGUUGAUUUUUUCGAGUUUGUGGGCCGUCGUCCAGAAAAACGACGCAAUUGGAACUAGAUCGGUACCGGUAUCUGCAGCGAAAUAUUAAUACCACCUGUGUUACCAGGUACAGCAUCAAUUGCCAACGAAAUUUUCAUUGAUCAGAUCAGAUUUUUGAAUAUGCCAGCCAAUUUAAGAUACAUGUCCCACAAACCCCAAUAAGUCACCAAUGCUUCUAUAGUUGAUUUGUUUCUUUCGAAUGUGUGAGAGACCGUUUUCUUUUUGAUAUUUGAAAAAAACUUCUGAUGUCCAAAAAAUAAUAGAAACCAAAUGGUGCAAUCCUUACGAAAUAAUUUUUAAAAUUGUUACUAUUACUAUAAUUAUUGUGUACAAAGCAUUUGAAUAAGGUUGCUGUAAGAUAUAUCUUCUCAUUUAUAGCCAUAAUAAUAGCUUUUAGCUAUUUGAAUAAAUAACAUUUUCCUUCGUAAGGCAAUAUGGCUUAUUUUUGCUAGUCAAUCAAUAUUGUUUUUUCUAUUUCAUAAUAUGGAGAAACUUAAACCUUCAAAAGGUUGUUUCUUUAAGUAUUUUUUUCCUUAAUUAAAAACCAAAACUUUUUCUAGAUAUGUACUAAAAUAAAAAAUCUUGUGUUCAACUGUGGAUAGUUUCUGUAGUAUUUCCUAUAUUUUUUCAUUGGGUGCAUUAUUAAAUAAGACUGUAAACGAUUUUAAUAUAAAUUACAAAGAAUAUAAGUUCAGAA